AUGUCAACUCCGCCAUGCCAUCUCCCCCAGUCCAUUUUCUUCCUGCUUGAUUCAAAACACCACCAUCCUCCAAAGCCUGUCAAGUAGAGAUGGUAAGAAUCUGCAGCGAAUUUAGCUAGCGUUAGCUAGCUAGCUAGCUAGCUAGCUGAAGGUGAGAGAGCAGACGACAGCGGCCUCGAGCUCAGAAUCGGAUGCUAACAGAACACAAGUGUUGAUGAGAUUGAGAGGCAGUGCUGCUUAAAACAACACAGAUAAGCCAAUGCAGAAGCCAUAAGCCCAUAUUUUCUUUCAUUGGGCCUAGCUGUCAGUAUGACGUUUUUCUACUGAAAAAAAAUGUAGAAAUUGCAUUAAGCUGUGUCAACUACUACGGUGACUGGACUUUUAAAUACACUUGUUCAUUUAACCAUCUUAACGACAACACACGAUGGCUUCCGGUGACCACAGGGCAACAAAGAUGGAACUGUCAGAAGAACCUGUUAAAGAAAAUAAAGAGUUAUUGAGUCAGUAUGAGAAUGGGGACCCUGCAUACACAAAUGUCAAAUCACAAAGUUUACCCUCUCUGAAUGACCCUGUCCAGCAAAGUACCGCCAAGUCUUUGCAGCAGCAGGUGUCAGUAACGCAGGACCAGAGCACGGAAUUCAUCAAACUCUCACAGAGGGUCAACCUCAACCAACCUCAACCCGAAUCCCCAACCAGGACUAAUGUUAACUAUUCCCCGUCCAGGUCUAGUGUGGUGGGGAUGAGUAGUUCGUUUAAUACAGAGAUGCAGGUUAGCAAACCCAGGAGUAAAAACCAGACAAGGCAAGGUUUCCUCGCCUCAAGGCUGCCUCUGAUGAGUCUACCCACCAGGAAAUACAUUGGUGCGAUUCUCGAAGACUCCCGCUGUUUUUUAUUCUGCAUGUGCUAUCUGACAUUCAUCCAGUCGCUGAUGGUGUCUGGCUACCUCAGCAGUGUUAUCACCACCAUCGAGAAGAGGUACAGCCUCCGGAGCUCUGAGUCCGGCCUGCUGGUCAGCUGCUUUGACAUAGGCAGCCUCCUGGUGGUGGUCUUCAUCAGUUACUUUGGAGGCCGAGGGCAGAGGCCCCGCUGGUUAGCCGUGGGGGCUGUGUUCAUAGCCGUCGGAGCGGCCCUCUUCUCGUUGCCCCACUUCAUCUCCCCUCCGUACCAAAUCCUAGAGGUGAACUCUUCCAGGGGCAACGAAGGCUUGUGUAUGAUCAACAAUGGCAGCGGCAGAGACUUUUUGGAUGUGUCAUCCUGUCCCAGGGACCAGGAGGGUAACGAACACAACCUAUACGUGGCCCUGUUCAUCAUUGCUCAGAUCCUGGUGGGCAUGGGGUCGACGCCCAUCUACACCCUGGGACCCACUUACCUGGAUGACAAUGUCAAGAAGGAGAAUGCCUCUCUUUACUUAGCCGUCAUGUAUGUGAUGGGAGCCUUGGGGCCUGCAGCAGGCUACCUGCUUGGAGGGGUUCUCAUCGGCUUCUACGUCGACCCCAAGACGGUUGUCAACAUCGACCAGAGCGACCCCCGCUUCAUUGGCAACUGGUGGAGUGGCUUCCUGCUCUGUGCCGUGGCAAUGCUUCUGGUCAUCUUCCCCAUGUUCGCCUUCCCCAAGAAGCUGCCUCCCCGAAACAACAGGAAGAAGAAGAAGAAGAGGAGGAAAAUGAUCAGCCUGGACAAUGUGUCCAGCGACGACGACAUAACCAAGGAGAAGACCAGUGGCAAGAGCAAGACGGUGACAUCGUCCAUGGGCUUUGGCAAGGACAUUAAAGAGCUGCCUAAGGCUGCCGUGAGGAUCCUGAGUAAUGUCACCUUCCUGUUUGUGAGCCUGUCCUACACGGCAGAGAGUGCCAUCGUCACCGCCUUCAUCACCUUCAUCCCCAAGUUCAUCGAGUCGCAGUUCGGCAUCCCGGCGUCCAGCGCCAGCAUCUACACAGGCGUUAUCAUCGUGCCCAGCGCUGGGGUGGGGAUCGUUCUGGGGGGCUACAUCAUCAAGAAGCUGAAGCUGGGAGCCCGGGAGUCGGCCAAGCUGGCCAUGAUCUGCAGUGGCGUGUCUCUGCUGUGUUUCUCUACACUCUUCAUCGUGGGCUGUGAGAGCAUCAACCUGGGAGGCAUUAACAUACCCUACACCACCGGGCCCACCCUGACAAUGACCCAUCGUAACCUGACAGGCGGGUGUAAUGUCAACUGUGGCUGUAAGAUCCACGAGUACGCUCCCGUCUGUGGCUCGGACGGCAUCACCUACUUCAACCCCUGCCUGGCCGGCUGCCGCAGCGUGGGCAACGACAGCACCGGGAUCCGGAACUACUCGGACUGUGCCUGUGUCCAGAGCAGGCAGGUCAUCACGCCGUCCUCUAACGGCCCAGGCAACCAGCUGCAGCUGGUCAUCGUCAAGACCUAUCUGAACGAGAACGGCUAUGCCGUGUCAGGGAAGUGUGACCGCACCUGCAGCACACUCAUCCCCUUCCUCGUCUUCCUCUUCAUAGUCACUCUCAUCACUGCCUGCGCACAGCCGUCCGCCAUCAUCGUCACACUCAGGUCUGUAGACGAACAGGAGAGACCCUUUGCUCUGGGAAUGCAGUUUGUUCUCCUCAGGACCCUUGCUUACAUUCCUACGCCCAUCUACUUCGGGGCGGUGAUUGACACCACCUGCAUGCUGUGGCAGCAGGACUGCGGCAUCCACGGCUCCUGCUGGGAGUACGACGUCACGUCCUUCCGCUUUGUGUAUUUCGGCCUGGCCGCCAGCCUAAAGUUCGUGGGCUUCGUCUUCAUCUUCCUCACCUGGUACUCCAUCAAGUACAAGGAGGAGCGCCUGGAGCGCUGGCUGCGUCACCUCUCGCCCAUGGAUACGGUCAGCGACCUCAUCUGCCACGCUGGGGGCCACAAGGGGCACGCCCGCACACGCUCCUGUCCCGUGAACAUACCGCGCAACGAGCCUCUCAUCAUCCCCGUCCUCAACCGUGGCCUGAGCAGUCAGAGCUGCCCGGGUAACAGCCUGAAGAGCCUCAAGUCUGUGACCCCGCCGGCCCCUCGCCCUCCCGCUCGCUCUCUGGAGCAGGUGUCGGCCCGCGUCUGAGGGGGCCCAGCCCGUCCCGCCAGCCUCCGUCUCUCCGGUGCGUGCCUUUCUCACUUCCGGUUCUCUCUCCUGUAAAGUAACCGCUCACGCACAAACGCGCGCACCCACCGAUCGGAACUGGACAUCCCCGGGCGGGCAGCAGGUAUAUGGAAAACACUGGAAUGGAUACCUCAGCUUAGCUAUUCUCCCCUUCACCUAGUAGGGUUGUGUGCUCUUCAUUUUAGUUAUUUUUGCAAUCAUGGGAGUGAAAGACUGUAAUGCAGGUACAGGUGACACGGUGCUUAGGUGAAAAUGAUAUGAAAUAACACUUGGUUUCUCAGUUUUAGUGUUAGGGCCUCGGCAGGAUGGGGUGACUGCGGUAAGCGUAUUGGUUGGCAAGCAAAAACCGAAUCCUGUUCUAUGCAUGGUCUGUUUAUUGCAAUUUAUAGAGAAUUUUCCCCCUAUUCCCUUAAAAAAAUUCCCAGUGAGAACCUUACUUUUAAAAGUUAAUACUCGAUUUACUCACACCCAAAAGAUUUAGUAUUGGUCUAUUAUAUUAAAAUUGAAAUCCACUUAGAAUUCUGUUUCAAACUGACCAUUUCAAAAAAAUAAAUAACGGGCCAGUCAAAAGCCUACAGGACAAUGAGCUGGCUAACAUAAUGGCCUUCAUAUGAACAAACAGAAAUGUUAUAUAACUGGUAUACAUCCACACUGUGCUUAAUGCAAACAUGUUCGAAGGGAAACUAUUCAUAGGAAUUAUGGAUCAAAUGUAGAAAUUACAGAUCAUGUUUCACAGAAAUCUACAAACACUGGGUGGUAACUUCAAAGUAGCGGAUUAUAUACAGUGUGGAUUGGGGCCCAUUUGGUACAUAUAUCAUUUGAACUAACCAGAGUGGACUUGGCCAGCUCCACAUGCGCUUCACAUGAUCAGCCAAUCCACACAAACCAACCACUCUUGCAUUACUUAGUUAGGUAGAUAGUAGUUUAGGAACCUUUAUAUAACAGGUUUUCACCUAACCUUGGUUGGUGAAAACUAAGUGUCCGUGUCUUGCAGUUUAGUUUAGUCUGUAUCUCACCGACCAUGGGUAAAAGGUAUGGCUGUGUCAAUUUAAUAGAUUUACCAGCAGGGGCGCUUUUCUCAUGUACUUCAUAACCGAGCCAAAUAGCAAUUACCGGUAUUCUCUCGUAAUUAUUAUAAAGUCUAACUCCUCACUUAGUUUAACAUACAGCAUGUACUACUGAUCCACUGUCAACGUGAUGUCAAUCAUGGCUGCUGAGUCUUCUCUUUUUUUCCUCUUGGUGAAGUUAUAUCACGGUACAUUUCCCCUUCAGUUAGGAACUCACAUCAGCGGACUAAUUGCUUAACCAGUGCUCUAGCUCACACGGUGGGGUCCUUAACUCUUCAGAGUAGGAAUGCUGAUUUAGGAUAUGUUUUAUUACUUCUGUAGGAUUACAUGGAUGGGGUGGGGAGGUGUUGUGUACUGAAGUCAGCACUCCUUUUGGGAGACGUGUGAUAAAUAUGAAGAGCUGGCUGGGCAACAAGGUUGUUGAAACAUUCAAGGAGUUCAUGAAUGUAACAUGCAAUAAGUUCGUAUUGUUGUUGGAAGGCGUAAAUGAAGCUCUGGUGUAAUCUCAAACGAAACAACAAUGGAAUGGUGGAAGAAUCUUACUUUUCUGUGUAUUUUAGCACUUAUGUUGGUGGGGAAAGUAUGCUUUUCUAUGUACCUAUGUGGAUUUGAACAGAUAGAACAGCAAUUACAAGAUUCUGGCUGUUGGUUAAAACUUAAAGGUAUAAAUCACAGCGGUGGUUUGUAUGGCUUUUGGAAUAUUAUGUUGGGGUUAGAUGUGAAUGGUACCAUAGCUCUUUAUAAACUGAAUGAUUGAAGUGAUUUAUUUUUUAAUUAUUAAACUGACAUGGUCAUCUAGAAUAACAUUGCAAUGUAUCUACCAAUUGUAGUGACAGACAAAUGCUGCAUGUAAUAAUUGUCCGUACUCCGUGAAAGAAACACUUAUUAAAGCAUAGAAAUCACAACUUUUAGUCAAACAUUCCAUUUCAUGUCAAAGAAAAGUCAAAUACAUGAGCAUUCCGGGGCAAAUGAAUCACAGUUCCAGCUACUAGCUUCUAGCUAGCAUUUUGCCUCAAGUAUUCUCUUUAGUCUUCUUGAAUCUAAUGUUAACAAAAGGCUACAGUGUCAUGUUUCUCCGUGCCUACUUUUCCUACUAAUUAAUUGCAGUUGAAAUUGAUCACUACAUAACUAGUUAUUUAACCUUAAUGCCAUUUUUAUUUGGUGUUACAAAUAAUAAAAUAAAUGUUGCUCAUUCUGAACAUCUCUUGACUUAACUACAAGUAAUGAAACUAAAUGAUAAGGCUGACUUUGGAUUGUGAAGAGUUUGGCUUUAGAAUUGUUUGUUCAUUCUACAGUACCAGAAUGUUCACUGCAGAUUUCUGGUAGUCUUUUGAUCCUCAAAACCUAUGUUCUCUUGGAAACAUGAGUGAGGAAUUCUCUCUCUUUACCUUCUGUUUAGUGCUGUCGUCAGUCAUUGUAUGUGGCAUCAGACAGGGACUUUGAUGCUACCAUAUGCACUAUUUCAGGUAGAUUGUAGAUGUUUUUUCCCUUUUUUUAUCCGUAUUGUAUUUAUUUCAAAUCAAAUGACAGUGUUAAAUGACCAGCUAAUGCCUCAGCUGUAUGGUCAACAUCAUAAGAAGGAAAUGUACUGUAGAUUAUUUGUGAACACACUGUUUGGAAAUGCCUUGGAUACUUGACCUCUGUCAAUAAAAAUGGUGUAAAA